GUCGCCGUGGAGGCAGUUUCACAGUUUGAGGCUCAGCAAUAAGGGUUAAUAUAUCUAUGCUGCAAAGAAAUAGAUAAUUGUAAAAGAAUUAUGAGCACACGAUAGGAUGAUCGUUCCAGUCUCCUCACAGUGAAAAUCAUAACUAGCAAUAGCGCAUUACUCCGCGUUACUCCACAAGCACCACCCACGCAGGACUCUUUCCAUGUGACUCAGUGCCAGUUCUUCAGAAAACGUGAAAUGGCGCUUCGGUGCUGACUUUGCAAUGUGUCAGACGCGGGAGUCAGUCUCAAGCAUCACGGGGCACCGAAAGCACCUCCCUUGCCGGACUGCCUGCGGGAGAGCCGUGACUUGGAGAGUCCGCCAUGGAGUCCUUCUGCCUCAGUAAUGUCCGGAAAGUCGGAGUCCUGCUCCUGCUGGUCUCGCACGUCACCUCGCAAGACCCAUGGCGUCCUGUGUCAGUCCUGCGAAGUGACUCCGGUCAGGGAAGAAGUGACUCUGAAGACACUGUCACAGAGAACCUGUCAUGUGUAUCAGUGAAUCUUGAAAGCUUAAUGUGUAGGUGGGAGAUACCAAAGAUUCCUGUCUCUAAUUACACCAUGUAUCUAUACAACUGGCUACAUUUCUGGGAUGUAAAACAAAGCUGCACGUGCUACGAGGAGUGGUGUAACUCUUGCCCCGGGGUGUGCUGUCACUGGAAAGCUCCAGCUUAUGACUUCACUGCUCCUGAGCUUAUGAUUGAACUUUCAAUCGCCAGCAGCGCCCGGAACGAAACGUUCAACCAGUCUGUAAUCGUUCUCCCUGGUCCCGCCGAGAAUCUAAGAAUAAACACGACAGAGUCAUACCAGGAGCUCGAAGUCAGAUGGGAUACGCCAAAAUUCCUCCUCAAUUUCAAGCCCGGGCUUUUCUAUAGCGUGGACUACAGGCCUAAAAAUGCCAGCGUUUUCGGGUCCUUUGACUGGAUGAGUGUGGCGGGGCAUUAUAACGACAAAAGGGCGACGGUGAGGCUGACGUCGCUGCACGGCUGGGUGGACUACGAGGUGCGCGUGAGACUCCGCUCGGGGGCACGACCGCCGCCCGACGCCGACGACGAUGACGACGACGACCCAUGGUGGAGAUCUGUGGUUUCCGAGGCCGUCACGUCGCAAGGAGCGCCCGAGGUUGCCCCAGCCGUGGGCGUGGGGACCUUCGAGGUUGAGAGCGACGCCGACUCCGGGCGGCGGGCGGUCGCGCUGCAGUGGCGCCCCGUGCCCCCGCUGCUGCACAAUGGACCCGGCCUGGAGUACCGCGUCCUGGUCAGGGACCAAACAAACAAGACGGUGAAAAAACUCACAGAAACCGGAACAUUUGUCAAAAUUGAAGACCUCGACAAAGAUUCAAGUUACAGAAUGGAAAUCACCGCCGAGAACCGCGCCGGCGUCGGCCUCGAGACGGUGGCGGUGCGCAUUCCCGCCGCCCCGCCUCCCGCCCCGCUCCUGCCGGCAGUCGUCUACCACGCAGGGACUCGCCACUACGAACUCAGGUGGCCGGCGAAGGAGAACCUCACCUACACGGCCUACGUCUGCACGGACGGCCUGUCCUUCCUCUCGCCCUGCUCGAGCAACUUGUACUGGAAGAACUUGGGCUCAGCAUCAGCGGCGAACCUCACUUUGGGGGAACUGAACAUGACUGACUCCGUGACUCCUGACGAGGUUCGCUUCGCGCUGUCAGCAGAGACCUUCGCCGAGGACUCCAGCGGCAUGGCCUGGGACAGCUGCGUUCAUCCCCAGCAGUAUAACACGCAACAUUCUGCGCCCGAAAUCAUCACGGACUACGACAGCACGACGAACAGCGUGAGUCUGCGCUGGAGUGCGAACUGCGCUGCUCGAGGGGGGGUGAUCGAGGAGGUGCAGGCGAUCUGGUGCGAAGGCCACGGCAGCUGCGAUGACGCUGGCAACGAAACCCCCAUGAAGAACGAGAGCGACGUGUUUUCGGGCGUCGUGGUGCUGGAGGGCCUUCGCGAGGGCUCGGAGUACGCGGCGAACCUCAGACUCAGGUACCGAGGCGGCCUCUCGGGAUGGUCCUCCCCGCUGCUGUUCUCGACGAAGUCUUUAGCUCUCCCGACGUGGCUCAUCGUCAUCAUCGUCAUUGUGGCUAUUGCGGUCACUGUUGUGGUCCUCGUCGCCGGCGUCUACAGCCGGAGGAAGAUCAAAGUGAUUGCCCAGGAUGCGCAGCGGCAGAUCAUCCUUCCCGAAGGUCUCGGCGACAGCAGCGCCUUCCAAGACCCGAGACGCCAGGAUGACGAUAUCCGAAGUCGAAAUUCAUUCACCACGGCCGUGAUGAACAAUCAUGAUUCCAUCUAUGACAACGUUCAGUACAGUGAGCCGUUGUCAGCCCACGUGAUGUGCCUCGACAAGGAAUACUUCCAGACACCUUUCUCUGGAGGUCGAGGUCUUGCCCAAAGCAACGUCGAUAAUGAAACCCCUCCUCUGAUUUCUCAGCCUGGUGACGUCAUGCCGGUGUUCCCCAGUGAUGUCACUGGAGAUAAAACUGGGAAUGGUGAAAAGGGUUACGGAAUCUUUUCAGAACCUGAUUCAGGCACUGUUGGUAUAUCUGAUUCCUCUAUUACCUCCUGGGAAGCUAAGUCAUCGCCGGGAUAUUCAGUCAUCCUGUCUCAAAACUCUGAAUUACACAGCAAUAAGGCGGUCAUUCCGUCUACCUCAAUGAAUGAAGUCAGAACCCCUUAUUCAAGGGUUUACAGUUGUCCAGAAGAAUUCGCGAAUGUGAAGGCAGGCGAGAAAUCUCUGGCAGGUCACGUAGCUUCUCCUUCAGCAGAUUGUGGAAUGCAAACCUCUAAUAAUCUGACACAGAAUGGAGGAAGGCAAGUACAAAGAACACCUUCUACAGGAUAUACGGCUUUUCCACUAGAGGGCUCUGGAACUGAUACCUCCAAAAAUAUAAGGGAGAAUGUGGACAGGCAUAUACAAGAGACAUCUGCAGCUCAGCCAUCACCAGGAUAUGUAGCCAUCCUGCCCCAGUUUUCUAUCUUAAACAAUGGCACGUCAUCUACUCCAUCAACCCCAACAAAUGAAGUCAUAGCUCCUUACUCAAGUGUUUACAGAAAUCCAGAAGAAUUCAAGAAUAUGGAGGGACACGAGAAAUCUCUUCCAGGUUGUGCAGUUUCUCCGUCAACACGAGUAAACAAGGAUACACAGGGAUUAGUUUCUACAGGAUUUGGAAUGCAAACUUCUUGUGAAUUGAUAAAGAACGAGGGCGGGAAUAAACAUGACACAUAUUCGAAAGGUUAUGUCCCUUUUCCACCAAACAUUUUUGGAACGAAAACCUCCAACAAAUUGAAAGAAGACGUGGGACAGAAAGUACAACGAAUAUCUUCUCCAGGCCAAGUAGCUUCUCCGCCAGCAGGCUUUGACAAACAAACCUUCCCUACGGAUAUACGUCACUACGAUGCAGGUGCAGAGUCCAAGGCACAGAAAGAGCCAGUCACAAAAAAAGCGGAAUCUGAUGCGGAGACUACAGGGUACGUGAUGAUGGACUUCCCGUUUGCAUCGAAAGACACACAGGACAACAAAUACCAGAGUGGUGCCAACUCAGAGUCUCCGUCGAGUAACAAGGACAAGUUUGAUGAAGCAUCAGGCCCCCAUCAUUAUGUAUCAAGGAUUGACGACAGAUCAAAAAUAUCAUCUGAAGAGAAAACCAAAACUUCAGGCGAAACUCCUUCAGUGGGAUACGUGGCAAUAGAUUUUCCAUUCACAAGAUUUAGAAACGGACAAAAUUCACUAAACCAAAUACCAGAUGAUAACGGACACGUGGAGGGAACAGAUGCAAGUGAGCCAGAAAAGGAAAUUUCCCCUUGCUACCCAUAUGACACGAGUGACGCGUGUCCGCCUAUUCCUGAAGACGAAAUAAACGCCCUCUGCCACAAGAUGUCGCCGCCGCCGCCCGACAUCCCCGUGAACGUACCUCAGAUGACAGUGCAUCACGCGUCGACAGUAGUCACUGAACCUAACAGCUCCUUACCUACAGACGAGAACGUAGGCUCAGCAGCGUCCUCUGGGUACGUAAGAUUGGAUCACAUAUAUUCUGGGAAGAAUAGAGAGUUCUAAGGUAAAAAUUGGGAAACUUUAUGAUGUGUAAAGUGUAUAGUAAGCUCAGAACAGUGAUAAUUCACAAGGUUAAAAGCGAAAAAAAAAGGAAAUCAACGAGUAAACAAAAGCCUUAGCCUGCAAAUAACGUCGCAUACCGAUGGCCAACAGAAAAAAUAGAUAUGCGAUAGACAGUAUGAUACCUCGCCUUUUUUUUCCAAUGCUGGUAUUAUGCAUUUUGAUUUUUAAGUGCAGUACAAGGAAACAGAUGAUGUUUGGAUGUAUUAUACUUCUUUCAUCAACUAGAAAGGCAAAAAAACAAACAAACGGACAAUGAAACUGUAUAUUGGCGGCAUUUCGGAAAAUCGUAAAGUGUGGGGAAUUUGUUAACAAACUGCAUCAGGUCGAAGGGAAAAAGGCUAUGGAAUGUGCAGUUAAUAUGAAUAUCAAACACCCUUACUAACAAAUUUACAAAGAUAACGACUCGUAAUUAUUGUUAUAAUAAUCCUCAUUGUUAUUGUUAACUAUUUUAUUGCUGUUUUCCUAGUAGUAAAAACAUUAGCUUUAGUAUAAGGAUGAACAUUUUCAUCAUUAUUCAGACUUGGCUCUCUUUACUGUACUGAUCAUUAAAUAUAUGACUUUUAUUAUAAAAGAGCAGAUCACUUAUUAAUAACACCCAGAAACGCCUGAGCAGAUAGCCAGGGUGGUAAAUAAACGUAUUUAACUUUCAUAGUAGUAUAGGGCACAUACAUUUUAUCUUGCUAUCAUAUUAUCUUCUUCCCUGUUUUAGAACGUACACUCAUGUUGUAUCCUAAAUCUGCAAUGUGAUAUUGUAGUCAUAACCAUGUAUCAACUGCAUUAAUGCUUGUCCACGCAUGUGCAGUUGGUAAAUAAAAACCCAAACAAAAGGUAUAAUGUUAGUAAUAACGACAUCAGCUGUUGUUGUUGCCAUUAAUAUUAGUAUAUUAUAUUUUUGUGUUAUCAAUAUUAUCAUAGUUGUUCAUAUGUUGAUGCUGUUAUCGUAAUAGUAA